GUUUACCUCUGCUUUUCUGUCUGUCUGUCUCCUCUGUCCUGGGGUUUGGUUGUUUGGGUGCCUGGGUGGAUGCUGAGGGAUGAUGCUGGUGAUGAUGAUGAUGAGGCACUUAUAGGUUAAGUUGGCUGACUCCAUGAGGCAUCCAGAAACCAUAGGCGCUCUCCCAGCCGGCUGCCCACCCCAGCCCUGAUAAGAGGUGCUCGGGCUCGGGGAGUACGGCAUCCAGUGGCCUCUGAUUCGGGGAAAAACGUAAAAUAAGGGAAAACUGGAGAAGAAAAGCGUCCACUGCCGCUCUGUGGUUAAUCUGAGCUGCAGUGCCAGCCAUGCGGAUCCGGCUGCAGGGCUCGGGCCACGCAGCCCUUCUCCUCACCGAGCUCAACCGCUGCCGUCUCUCCAGGCUGCUCUGUGAUGUGGUCCUGCAGGUUGGAGGACGUUCCUUCCCGGCCCACCGCGUAGUUCUUGCCUGUGCUGGAUCCCAUUUUCACAGUCUGUUCUCCAGGAACUCUUUCAGCCAGGGUGGAGGUCCGAUCACCAUCUCUUUAGACUUCAUCUCCGCGGCCAACUUUGAGAAAGUCUUAACGUUUAUUUAUACGGGCGAGAUCCUCACAGACUUGAUAGAUGUCGGGGUGAUGUACGAGCUGGCUGAAAGACUGGGCGUGAGGGAGUUGGUGCGUGCUUGCCAUGCUACCUUUCCUGACAUGAAAAGCUCAGAUGGAGACGUAGAUCCGGACAUGGCUCCUGCCACUACCGUGGCCUCUGCCUCCGCUUGCUCUUCUUCCGCGGCCUCCUGCUCCUCGCUGUCGUCUCCUGCUGCUCCGACCCCAAUCGCUCCUUCCCCGCUCCCUCAGAGCAGAGGUUCCAGGCUGAACCGUGCUCACGUGGCUCCAUUAUCGUUCUCUCAGUCCCCUAAACCACAGGACGGCUUUCAGUUGCACUUGGGUUACGGUCAACUGGUCGACAGCAAGCAUAGCCCAUUGGAUGGCCAUCAUCCUCAAGCUUCAGAGAUUCUUCCAGGUCUGACUCUGCCGCUUAAAACAGAGCAGCAGGAGCAGGAAGAGGAGGAGAAAGUGGAUGAGGCUGAUAACUCAGAAGACCAAGCAGUUGUUAGCGAGAGCAGACCUGUGCUAACAGAGGCAUGCUCCGUUCCUGACUCCUCAGCACAGGCUGGAGGAGAAACCUGCGCUCCAUCGUCCUCUUCUGGAGAUCCUCUGGAAAACCUGCAGCUCAGGGCGGUCGAAGGUGGUGUUGGACUUGGAGAAGUAAAAGAGGCUGUUUUGUUCGGGGAAGAGGAUGACGCGGAAAAACAGAGCCUGCAAGAAGGGUCAGCAGAGGAUGGAGAUCAGUGGAGGGCGCUGGCAGGGGACAUAAUCGAACUGAGCGACGACGAAGAGAAUUAUAUCGAGGAAGACGAAGAAGACGAGGAGCUGAUGUGUAUAGAAAAUGGUGGAAACUGCACAUCAGCCAGUCUGGGUCAGCUGCCUUCACUGUCACAGCCCUGUAAAGCCUGUGGAGUUUUGCUGCCGGCGGACAACACCGCCCUUCGCUCUCACGCAGAGACGCACCUCUCCGAGACGGGGAGCUGUCGAGUGUGUGGCGCUUCCUUUCCGGACCGUGCUGCCAGCGUCACCCAUGCCCUCACACACGUGGGCAUCAUGCUGUUCUCCUGCGACAUCUGCGAGCUCCAGUUCUGCAGCGAGGCCAAACUGAUCCGACACAGGCGCCAGUCGGCGGCCAGAUGCGUUCCCCAGCAGCCCAGCCAGCUGAACAGCACCUCUCAGGGGCCUGGAGGAGAACUGCAGUGUGCUGUCUGUGCUAAAUCUAUUCCUAAAGACUUUAAGGCUGUGAGGGAUCACGUACAGAACCACGUGUGUUUGCGGACCCUGCGAUGCGGCGUCUGCCAGUCGCUCCAGCCCUCUCGCUGUACUCUACUCUGGCACACCUUAACGCACCUCCUCCUCAUCCACUCCUGCCCGCAGUGCGCCUGCCCCUUCCUGGAGCGGCCUCUGCUGGACAGACACCUGGCCAUGCACGCCGAAGAAGGAGGACCGUCGAAAGAGGGCGAUGGGAGCCAGGAGGGUGGAACCGAAGGCCGGGGGGAGUUCCAGUGCUUCUUGUGUCCACAGACCUUCCGAUCAGACACAGCCUUCCAUUACCACCUCAGCAUGCACCCCAGCGAGAUGCACGGUGGCCAGGCCUGGCCAGCCAAGCGCAAGGCGGACCACCCGCUGGAGUUUUCCUCCUCCUCUUCCUCUCCUCUGGAGGCCAGCGGCUUGGGCAAGUUCAGCAGCCUGGGGUUCAACCUCAACAUGGGCGUCGGCUUUCCGGAGAAGGUGAUUCAGGCGGGAAUGCCGUUCCCGGCUGGACUUCUGCACAACGGGAGCCCCGCGGGAGCCGGGAUUAAGCAGAAGUGGUACCGCUGUCGGUACUGCGGGAAACGCUUUGCGCACUCAGGUGAGUUUACCUACCACCUGCGAAUUCACACAGGAGAGAAGCCCUACCAGUGCAAGGUGUGCCUGCGCUUCUUCCGCGGCCGUUCCACCAUGAUCUGUCACCUGAAGACGCACGCCGGCGCCCUCAUGUACCGCUGCACCGUCUGCGGCCUCUACUUCUCCACGCUCAAGAUGGUCUCCUCGCACAUGGAGCUCCACAAGGACCAUUUGCCUCCGGACUUCAACAUAGAGGAGACUUUCAUGUACAACGACCACUCCAAAGAGCCUCUCCCCAACCUGGACUUGUGAGGUUCAGUUUGCACAUUUCUACUGUGCCUCGAUGCUCAAUGUUUAGAGACACACCGAAAAUUGGCCCGAAAAUUGUUUCUUAAACUGAAAACCUGUGUUUCUUUUGGCUAAAAACUGUUGAGAAAAUAUUACAAAACAAAAGUGAGUAGGGUUUAAGUGUUUAUUCAUUCCUCUAACACUACAGUUUUUAAUUCAGUGUGAAAUUUGAGACUUGAGUUGUAGUAAAACAUGCUCAACACCCCCAGCAUUCCCAAAUACAGUGCUUUUAGCCAAUGCUCUCAACUAACAGGCUAUUUUUACACCAUUAACAAACUCAAAGUAGCUUCAAAAAUCAUUGGUAGAAUUAUGAGACCCUGACGUUUAAAACUAGGCAUUGAGAGCUUUAAAACUGCACAGAUAGUUUAUUAAAACACUGUUUAUACACCUGUGUGUAUACCUGCGCACUGCCAUCUUAAAAUUAAGCCAUGAUAAUUAAUAAGCGUUGACUUAUGAGCAUGAAUGAAUAGGUAGGGUAGGAAAGGAUUGCAGAAUUAGUUCAGUGGAAACGCUUGAAUUCUAGCUGUUGCUAAAAAAAAUAACAAAUAGCAUAAACUUAUAAACUUACCUGAAAAGGAUUUACUACUACCUGUGCACUUUUAAAGUUGUCAGUGCUCUCAGAAUUGUACCAAUAAAGUGUGGAGCUACUUUAAGCUUCUUUGUUAAUGUUUUUUUGCAGGGGUAACUCUAUGCCCUUGUCGUUAGCGCUUUAAGCUAGUUGGGAGCAUCGGCUAAAAGCGCUGUAUUUGGGAAUGCUGAGGGAGAAUAGAGUGGAAUAUUAGACAAAAGUUUGUACUUGUUAUCAUGUUUCACUACAACCUACAAGUCCGUUUCACACUGGAUUUCUCCUAUAAAAAAGGAAAUUAUCAGAAUUUUAAAACUUCUUUUAUUAUUAAAGGUAGACUAGCACAGAAAGUGCUUAAAAAUCCAACACUAUAUACAGUUUAAUUGGAAUUGAUGAUUAGAAUAAAAUAAACUCGGUUAUUCAAUAAUUUAAAAAAAGGCCCAUUUAAAACAAACGCAAGUGUUUUUUAUUCGGUUUCGGUUUGGCCAAGAGUUCAGUUUAUCACUAAUAAUACUGUUGCUCAUUAUCUGUCACUGUAAUGUCUGUAGAUUUUAGGAUGUAGCUAAAUAUUUAUGUGUUCGGGAAAGGAGAUAUUUAUACUAUAAGGAUUGGGACAUUUUGCUGCCUAAUAGAAUAAAAACAAAGCCACUGUCAGCAUGUUAUUAUCACAUUAAGGUACGUUGCAUUUUUACAAAAAAUAUCUUAUAAAAUGCGCUAAAAUUGACAAGUCAUUAUUAUCACACAGCAAGUCGUAUCUUGUUAUUUUGAGGGCAUUAAAAAUGACAGUUAUUUAGUUAUGCAGAAAAUUGUGUUGCUCAUUAUGCGACAAUUUCCUUAAACUUUGGUACAUUUUGGAAUAUUCUGACCCAUUAUUUUAAUUACUUCACAUUUAUUUAAAUAAAUCCAGUGCAGUAGUCGUAGUAUUAAGUUAUUUAUUAUAUAUUAUUUGCAAUGUAAUGGCAAUACAUUAUCUUACUAAGCUCAGUUUCUUUAACAGUUAGGCUAAUUUGGGUUAAUGUUAAAAAAUAUAGAUAAUACAAAUUCUGUUUUUACUGCCUUGCUUAUAGACUGACACAAUUAGUUAUUAUUAUUAUUUUUUAAGUUGAAUACUUUUAAAAUACUUCUCUAUCAAUAGUUUUAUAUUGAUUAUUUUGUCAAAUAAUACUUUAGUGGUAUAAUGAAAGUUUUUGAUAGGCAGUGCCACUAUGAUCGGGAAAUCGCUGGUUCGACUCCCAGUCAUGCAGCUUGCCAUCAGCUGCCAGAGCCCCGAAAGAGCACUAUUGGCCUUGCUCUUUCUGGGUGGGUAGAUGACGCUUUUUCCCCUCAUCACUUCUAGUAUGGAGUAUGGAGGAGAAAAUAUUGAAGAAGAAAAAAAUUUAAAUAAAUAAACAAAAAUCUAAACUAAUUGGUACAUUUCUUAAAAAUAAAUUAUUUAUACCUGUUUGUUUUCACAACUUGUAAUAACAAGAUCAUAAUAACCAACAUUGAUUGCAAUAUUUAGUUUUUACAUGCCUCAUAAUAAUAAGAUUUUUCUUGUAAUUGUAUAUUCUGAUAUUUUUAGCAUACACUUUUAUAAAAAUAACAAAAUCAUAGUAAUUCAGUCAUUAAGUAUGCUGUUUUUUUAACCUGAGACACAACAUCUCUCCUCUCAUAAUACAUAUUAAUGCUCAAUUUUUAGUGCAUCAUCUCAUAAUAACACUUUAACAUGUUGUUUAUUUCACAGUUACAGCAGAGCAUCCUGUAGUAAUGACAUGCUGAGGCUUUAUUUUUGUGAUUAUUUUGGCAGCAGUGUGUCUCUAGUUUUAAAAAGAGUCUGAAUUUGACUUUUUUCAGUCGGUACUGUUGUUCUGUCUCCACAUGGUGGCAGAGUUUUGUUAUUCUCACACGGGUGAGAAUCUUCUCCUCUGCUGAUCUCCCGGCAGACGCUGAGCUCCUGAGUGUUAGUUUAGGAUUACCUCUUGAUGUUCUUCCUUCAGCUCAUCCUGUACACAGUAUAAGCUAAAGUAUAUAUGACUAGUUCAGAGUAUUACAUCCACAUAUCUCUCUCACGGGUGGACGUUACGGAAGUUACGGAAGCUUUACCUUCGUUCAGCUUCUUCUUCCGUUGGCGCGAAACAGCAGCGAGUUCUGUCUGUUUUGCUUGUAGAGUUAGAAAUCUCUAAAAACAUGUUUAUGAUAUUCUCUACGAUUUGUAUGUAUGUACGUACGUUUGUAUGUGUGUGAAAACACCAUGAAGUGCUCCAAAAGGCCGUUCUGUGCAAGGUUAGGUAUGUGUGUUAUCAUAGGGAAAAAUGAAGAGAGCAUCUCUGGACUAAAAUAUAAAGAGAUCACUUUUGAUUUUACUGAUUUUGCUAUUUAUAGGUUUAUGUUUGAGUAAAAUGAACAUUGUUGUUUUAUUCUAUAAACUACAGACAACAUUUCUCCCAAAUUACAAAUAAAAAUAUUCUCAUUUAGAGCAUUUAUUUGCUUAAAUAACAAACAAGAUGCAGAGCUUUCAGACCUCAAAUAAUGCAAAAAAAAAAACAAGUUCAUAUUCAUAAAGUUUUAAGAGUUCAGAAAUCAAAUCAAAUUACAUUUUUUUUCAUGUAUCUUGGCAUCAUGUUCUGCUCCUCCACCAGUCUUACACACUGCUUUUGGAUAACUUUAUGCUGCUUUACUCCUGGUGUAAAAAUUCAAGCAGUUCAGUUUGGUGGUUUGAUGGUUUGUGAUCAUCCAUCUUCCUCUUGAUUAUAUUCCAGAGGUUUUUAAUUUGGUAAAAUCAAAGAAACUCAUCAUUUUUAAGUGGUCUCUUAUUUUUUUGCAGAGCAAAUAUACAUAAAUCUUACCUUAUCUAAAAAACUUGAUUUAAGGUACAUUUUCUUAUUGUACUUUCAUUGUAUUUAUUUAUUUUUUUUCCAUACUUACUUUCUCCAGCAACAGUAUGUAUAAAUAAUUAAUGUCUGGACUGUUAUGAGUUAGAUGAAGAUCAGUGGGGAAAUCUUAUGAAUCAGCGUUUCUCAGUUUAGCCAGAUAAUUUAAGCUCAAAUUCAAAACCUGUCCAAUAAGGGAAGAGCUGCUCUUGGACGUGUUAUCUGACUAACUGAGAAUUUCCUGAAAUCAUUCCAGACCUUCAUGCAGAAACUCAGAUAAUUUCCAGACAAAAGGGUCCUAAACUAUAAAGCAGCAAUAAGUAGCAUUUUUUGUUUGUUUGUUUGUUUUGUUUAAUUCAGAAUUGUUGACGGGAUAACUGUUUUUCAGUGGUCUGGGUGAUCAGUACAGUACAGUACAGUGCAUUAGGCUCCGGUACAUACACAGAUACACAUUCUUUAUUACAGCUGAACCAUAAAAAUGAUACCUAUUGCUCUUUUAAACAGUGUUUACCACAGCAGAGCAGGCGUUCUCUUUCCACAGUGUGUGGUAUUUUUGUAAUGUGAAAAAAAAAACUGCCUUAUGAGACGAGAUCUGUAAGUAUUUAUUUAUUGUAUUUAUAGAUUUUUAAGUUGAUACAUUAUAUUUUGUAUUGAUCGUUUUCUUCAUGGAUGAACGUGUUUUGCUUUGUUCACAACUGUAUUUGUUUCGUAUGUAUUCGGAAUAAAAUUAUGAUCACGGUAAAACAAA